AUGAGUGUGCGUUAUGACGUUGAAGAGGCUCUAAAGCUGAUUUUUUCUGAUGUCCAGCAAGACAACUCUGAUUCAGAAGAGGAAGUGGAGGAUGUAUCAGAAGAAGAAGAUGGGGAGGAAUAUAACCCAGAGCAUGAUGAAUCAUCUUCAGAAGAAGAAGAAAACCCUGAAGCUGAAAGAGAGACUUUCCUUUCAAAAAAUGGCAAAAUAACAUGGUCCUCAGCAGCAUAUAACCAACACGGCAGGCAUGCAGAACAAAACGUCAUAAAGAUGACCCCAGGACCCACAAGGUAUGCCGUUUCUCAUGCCCAUGACAUUGUAUCUACAUUCUACCUGUUUAUCACACCAGCAAUAGAAAAAAUAAUCCUGGAGAUGACAAAUCUGGAGGGUUUUCGCAAAUAUGGAGACAGCUGGAAAAAGAUGGAUGAGACUGACCUGCAGGCCUACUUGGGGCUACUAAUCUUAGCAGGUGUAUACAGGUCCCGAGGUGAGGCUGCAGCUAGUCUAUGGGAUGCAGAGAGUGGAAGGUCAAUUUUCCGAGCCACAAUGCCACUCAAACUCUUUCACACCUACUCAAGACUGCUACGAUUUGAUGACCGCGAGUCAAGACCAGCAAGACGUGUGACAGACAAACUUGCAGCCAUAAGAGAGGUCUGGGACAAGUGGGUGGAGCGGCUGCCCUACCUCUACAAUCCAGGGCCUGACGUAACAGUGGAUGAGCAACUUGUUCCAUUUAGAGGUCGUUGUCCUUUCCGGCAGUAUAUGCCCAGCAAGCCAGCAAAAUAUGGAAUCAAGGCAUGGGUGGCUUGCGAUGCCAAAUCAAGCUAUGCUUGGAAAAUGCAAGUAUAUACCGGAAAGCCGACCAGUGGAUGCCCAGAGAAGAACCAGGGGAUGCGAGUUGUGCUUGAUGUGACAGAGGGACUGAGGGGUCACAAUGUGACAUGUGACAAUUUCUUUACCUCUUAUGAACUUGGACAGCAGCUCCUGAAGAGGAAGAUCACCAUGGUUGGUACAGUUCGAAAGAACAAGCCUGAGCUCCCACCUGCACUGCUUGCAUCAAAGGAGAGAGAGGUCUUCUCAUCAAAGUUCGCCUUCACGCCCAUGACCACUGUAGUUUCUUACUUCCCAAAGAAAAACAAGAAUGUAGUUCUUAUGAGCACACUGCACAAAGACAGUGACAUUAGUGAUCGUGGGGACAGGAAGCCAGUCAUCAUCCUAGACUACAACCGCAACAAAGGAGGUGUGGACAAUCUAGAUAAGGUGAUUGGAACAUACAGCUGCAGAAGGAUGACUGCCCGCUGGCCCCUGGUCAUCUUCCACAACAUCAUUGAUGUUUCCUCCUACAAUGCCUUUGUGAUCUGGAGAGAGAUCAACCCGACCUGGAUAUCGCAUAAGAAGAACAAGAGGAGGGUGUUCCUGGAGCAGCUAGGAAAGGCACUUGUAACUCCACUCAUUGAAAGAAGGAAGCAUGUCCCCCGCACAGAAGCCUCAGCAGCAGUUGUGAAAGCUAUUCAGAGUGCAGGAGCUCCUGAUAAACCUGAGGAUCCAGCUACCACAGCCACUUCCCCAGCUAGGGCAAGUAAGAGGAAGAGAUGUCAGUUCUGCCCUCAAAAGAAGGACUGUAAAACACAUACUGUGUGCUGCAGGUGUAAGAAAUAUAUCUGCAAAGGCUGUGCACUUGCAUACUGCGCUACAUGUGCUAAUUAG